UUGGUGUUUUUCAAAUCCCUGGAGGUGAUAGGAUAGGUUAGGAUGAGGUUAAGUUUAAAAACAAAGUUCUUGGUUUUAAAUUUUUUGUUGUUUUUUUACAUUUUUGGUUUUUUCUUAUAAUUGUUUUUAAGUCUCAUUGUCUGGUCUCGAUUAAAUGUAAUAAAUUUUGUAGAUUCGGUUUUAUCUUUCAUAUGCAACUUUGGAAUUAACAAUGAGUUCAACAAACAUACAGAUUGCUGUUAAAGUUCGCCCUUUAAUAGAGAGAGAAUUAAAGGAGAAAACAGAAACUACAUGGAUUGUUAAAGAAAACAGCGUUUUACAAGUAGAUUAUGCACAAAAUUGUUAUAGUUUUGAUCAUAUAUUUGAUGAGAAUAAAACAAAUAAAGAUGUUUAUGAUAGUGUAGUUUUUCCAUUAGUAAGUUCCUGCCUUCAAGGCAUUAACUCAACAAUAUUUGCCUAUGGACAAACUUCUUCUGGGAAAACUCACACAAUGUUAGGUGACAAUCGAAACCCUGGUAUUAUUACCUAUGCUAUUGAGGAUAUAUUUAAACAAGUUGAAGAAAAUUCAUCAAAAAAGUUUUUGUUAAGAUGUUCUUACCUAGAAAUAUAUAAUGAAAAAAUAAAUGACUUGUUGGAUGCUCAGAAGAAAGAUAUUAAAAUAAGAGAAGAUUUUAACCAGGGAGUUCAUGUUGCUGUUAGGGAAGAAGUGAUAAGAAAGAAGGAUGAGUUGUUUGCAUUAAUGAAAAAAGGUAUGAAGAUUCGCAAAAUUGGCUGCACUGAUAUGAAUGAAAGGUCUAGUAGAUCUCACACAAUAUUUAAACUGAUAAUUCAAUCUCAAGACAUAGAUUCUGAGGGAUCUUAUACAGAAUCAUUUUUAAGUUUAGUUGAUCUUGCUGGCUCUGAAAGAGUAGGUCAAAUGAAUCUUAAGGGAGAAAGACAAGCUGAAGGUGUUUUAAUCAAUAAAUCUUUAACAACUCUGGGUCUUGUUAUUCGCAGAUUAAGCGAAAAUGAACAAUUUAUAAAUUACCGGGAUUCAAAGUUAACUAGACUUUUACAACAUUCUUUAGGAGGAAAUUCAAAGACACUUAUUAUUUGUACUAUUACAUUAGCCGCGCUUGAUGAAACAAAGUCUACUUUGGAAUUUGCACAAAGAGCUAAAUAUGUUAAAAAUCAACCAAUUAUAAAUGAAAAAGUUACUGAUAAAGAUCAAAUAAAACAGUAUGCACGUAUGUGCCAAGACUACAAAGAACAAAUUGAGCGAAAAGAGAUAACAAUAAAUGCUUUAAAAGAUAAGAUACACGGUAUUGAACUAUUCUCUUUAAAUUCUAACAUAGAUUUUAAACUUAGCAAGACUCACCACAGAAGACAUACUAUGGGUCACUAUAAGCCAAGUUUAAAAAACAAACUUUUUAUACCUCAAGAGACUUAUAGUAUAGAAGAAAAUAGUGAUGAGGAUGUUUUUGCUGAACAGACCACAAGAAAAUCAGUAAAAUUAACUUGUGAUAUUAGUGAAGAUAAUAAUACUCAACAGAUAGAUAUGCAACCAACAACUCCAUCAAAAACAUUAAGAUUUCAGAAGGAACUCUUAGAACAAUCCUACGAAAGUUUAAAAUCAUAUACCAAUUAUGAAAAAAAAUUUUUAGGCCAAAAUAAUGAACUCAAAGAACUAAAAGCCUUAGUAGAAAGGCUAACUAAUGAAAAUAUUUCAUUGAACCAGCAUAUAAUAAAAGAAAGAGAAUAUAAAAUAAAUACAAUGGAAGUGAAUCGAGAUGUCUAUGACAAUUUAAUUUUUCUUAAGGCUGUUUUAGAAGGAGACUCUUCUAAAGGCAAGCCGCGAAAGUCUCUACACACUAUUGUUGAAGAAGAUCAAACAGAAAUGUUAACUACUUCUAAAGAUGAAGUUGAAGUUGGAGAAUGGCUGAAAGAAAUUUUAGACAAUCAAACUCCUGAAGAAGAAAGUGAGAAAACAAAUAUAGCCUAUAAUAUCGAUAUUAAUAAGCCUUUAAUAGAAAAUAGCGUUUUAAUCAAUGAAAAUCUAACACUUCUUGAAGAAAUUGAUAAACUAAAAUACCAGCUAGAAGAAAGAACAAAUAAGGUACUUGAAUUAGAUGAUAAAAUACAUCUACUUGAAAAAGAUCUAAUAGAAAAAGAUUCUUUAAUGACAAAUCUCAAGUUAACAAUAAAAAAAGAGCAAGAUACAAAAGAAGCUGAACUAGACAUAUUAAACAAUAAACUACAAAAAUUAAGCAGUUAUAAAGAAGAAAUGCAUAAUAAAUUAUCAGAAUUACAACAGCUAAAUGAAAGUCUUAAUAAACAAGAUAAAUUUGAUUCUGUUGUUGCAAAAUAUUCUGCACUAGAAAAAAAAAUUACUAAUUUACAAAUUGAAAAUGACAAACUUGAACAACAAGCUAUACAUUAUUCUCAAAAAAUAAGUGAGUUAGAGAGUGAAAUUGAAACAAAUAAAAUUGAUAAAUUAGCAACACAAGAAUUAGAGAUGCAAUUAGAUGAUUUAAAAGAAAAGGCUAGAAAGUUUGAAGAAGCCCAAAGGGAAAUAACUGAUCUAAGACAAGUUGUUAAGACUGAAGCUCAAACCGCAACAUCAUUCGAAGAUGAGUUAAUAGAACUGAAAAUUAAAUAUUCUCAGAUGGUUAAUGAAAGAAGUUAUAUUGAAGAACAACAUUUAAAAUUAGAACAAGAAGUAGAAAAUUUUAAAACAGAGAAUAUUACUUUGCAAACCAAGUUAGAUAUUAUCAAUGCAAAUAAAAGUAUGGAAGAUGAACUUAAGGUGCAAAAUAAAAUUUAUCAGUCAAAAAUUGCAGAUUUACAAAAAGACAAUGAUGAAAUGAAGGAAACUAUUUCCUCAUCCACAAGAAACCUUCAUGAACAAGAAAUUUUAAACUUGGAACUGCAAAAAAAGGUUUCAGAUUUUCUCUCUGAUAUUUCCUCUUUAAAAGAAGACUCUAUGGAACUUAAAACUCUUAAAAAAAGUUACAGUGAAAAAACAGUAGAAUGUGAUAACUUGGUAAAGUCUCUAGAAAAUAUUCUAACAGAGAAAAUUAAAAUUCAAGAACAAUGCGAUCUGCUGAAAUCUGAAAAUACAACUUUAUCAAAUGAUAUAUUGGAAGCAAAAUUAUCAAAUGAUUCUAGAACAAAAGAAAUUGAUACAUUAAAUGAAGAGUUGAAUGAGUACAAGAAAGCAUCUAUGGGCUUUGAAAACAUGGAAUUUAAUUACAAGAAAGAAUUAUCAAAUCUUCAAAAUGAACUAGUUGCUGUUCAAAGCACGUACGAGCAGAAAUUACUAGAUUUAAAUAGCAGGUUAAAGAUUUUAACAGAAGAAAACUUAAAGUCGAAAAAUUCACUUACAUCUGCAAUUUUUGACUGUAAUAGCUAUGAAGAAAAGACUAAAACCUUACUAAGUCAGAUAUCUGAACUAAAUAGUCAGAUCCACAACCAACAAAAUACUCAAAGUACUUUAGAAAUUAUACAGCAAGAUAGUAUGCAAAUGCAACAAUUAAACAAAGAUUUGGAGGCAGUAAAAAUUCAUUUAUCAGAAGAAAAUAAGAAGCUUGAAGAAUAUAUUCAAACUAAAGAUGCAGAAUUAAAUAUUCUACAGAGAAAUAAUAUAGAAAUACAAGAACUAUGCAAGAAUUUGGAGCUUGCAAAGGACCAGUGGACAACAGACAAUAAAAAACUUGAAGAAUGUAUUCUACUUAAAAAUAAUGAACUAAAUAUCUUACAGAAAGAUUAUACAGAAAUACAAGAACUAAACAAAAAUUUAGAACAUGCAAAGGAUCAGUUAACAGCAGAAAAUAAAAAACUCAAAGAAUGCAUUCUACUGAAAAAUAAUGAACUAGCUAUCCUACAGAAAGAUUAUGCAGAAAUACAAGAACUAAACAUAAAUCUAGAACUUGCUAAGGAUCAGUUAACAACAGACAAUAAAAAACUUGAAGAAUGUAUUCUACUUAAAAAUAAUGAACUAAAUGUCCCACAGAAAGAUUACACCGAAAUACUAGAACUAAAUAAAAAUUUAGAACUUGCAAAGGAUCAGUUGACAGCAGAAAAUAAAAAACUCGAAGAAUGCAUUCCACUUAAAAAUAAUGAACUAAAUAUCCUACAGAAAGAUUAUACAGAAAUACAAGAACUAAACAAAAAAUUAGAACUUGCUAAGAAUCAGUUAACAGCAGACAAUAAAAAACUUGAAGAAGAUAUUCUACUUAAAAAUAAUGAACUAAAUAUUCUACAGAAAGAUUACACAGAAAUACAAGAUCUAAACAAAAAUUUAGAACUUGCUAAGGAUCAGUUAACAGCGGAAAAUAAAAAACUCGAAGAAUGCAUUCUACUUAAAAAUAAUGAAUUAAAUAUUCUACAGAAAGAUUAUACGGAAAUACAGGAACUAAACAAAAAUUUGGAAAUUGCAAAAAAGCAUUUAACAACAGAUAUUGAAAAACUUGAAGAAUGUAUUCUACUGAAAAAUACUGAACAUGAAGAAUUAAAGAAACUAAUUAAUAGCACCAACAGAAAUGAUGAACAGGAUACUUCUGAUUGCAGUAGUUCAAGAAUUAUUAUGCUACAAAAAGAAAAUUCAGAACUUAAAGAUUCUUUAGCUUUAGUAACUUCUGAUCUAAAUAAGGAGAGUAUACUAAAUUUGGGAUUAAGAGGAGAAAUGUCAGAAUUUCAGGUUGAAUUAACCAUCUUAAAAAACAGAAAUAGAGAUCUAGAGUCGAACCAACAAAAAAUUGAACAUAUUUUAAUUGAAAACGAUUCUUUAACUAAAUCCUUGCAGAGCCUGACAGCACAAAAAGAAUCUAUUCAACAACUGAACAAAGAUUUGGAAGAGGACCGAAAUCAAACUUUAAAGAAGUUUAAAGAUUUAGAUAAUAUGUUGCAAAAAAAUAUCUUGGAACUUCAAGAUCUUCGAAAAAAACAUAGUAUGUCUGUACAAGAACUUACUGCUUUCAAAAAGCAGUAUUAUUCUAUGAAUGAGCAAUACGAACAAAAAGAAAUAGAACUCACUAGUGCCUUAUCAUUAGUAAACAGUUUGAAAACUUCUAAUGAUCAUAUGCAGAUUCAGUUAUCAGAGUUGACUGAGAAAAUAAAUAUCAUUGAUAAUGAAAACAGUGAAUUAAAAACAAUCUUGGCAAGCUCUAAAGAGGACAGCAUUAAACUUGAGAAAACCAACAAGCAAUUAAAAGAUGAAAUUCGCAAAUUAAGCGAAAAUAUACUGAAGCUGGAUGAAAAAGUGCAGUUAGAAACAUCAAAACAUUCUUCAUUAGAGGUAGAGACUAAAAAACUAAAAGAAACCAUUGAGCUAUAUCAGCAAGAACUAAAAGAAAAAGAAAAUGAGAUCAGUACACUGUAUGAAGAUAUCACUGUAAUAAAUUCAGAGUGCCAAAGAUUAAAAGUAGCUAAUGGAGAAUUGAAGACAAAUGUACUCUUGACUGAUGAAGAAAGAGAUAGUUUGAGGAAAACCAUCAGAUUAAAAGAUGAACAAAUUGACAUGUUGAAUAAAGAAGUUUUAAAAUUAACUGAUGAAAGUAUUGCGAAAGAAACUGUAUAUUUAUCAAAACUAAAAAAUGAAAAUACUAAAUUGGAGGAAAUCAUUCUACAAAAUAAAAAUGCACAGAUGGAAACAUUACACUUAAGAGGGGAGAUUGAAAAACUUACCGCUGAAUUUAAUAAUACUGUAAAAGAGAUGGAUAAGACAAUAACUAGUCUAAAAGAAGAUUUAACAUCAAUGUCAACUGCAUACAAUAAUGAACAGAAAUUGAACCUAAAGCUCAAGAAAGAAAUAUCUAAUCACUUAGCUGAGAUUUCUAUCUUAAAAUGUAAAUAUGAAGAAACAAAUUCGUUUAAGAACAAAAUUGUCAGUAUGGAAGCUGAGAUAAAAAAAUUAGAAAAUACUUUAGAAAUUAAAAAUAAGGAAAACAAAUCACUACUAUGUACUAUAGAGAAUAAUCAAAAGAAAUUGGAACAGAAAAUGGACGUUUCCGAAGAUCUGCAAACUGAAUUGCAGGAAAAGCAUAAUGGGUCCAAUGACGGGUUGAAAAUAAAUAAUUCUGAGAAUAUUCUUAAGGAAAAACACGUUACUCGUCUUUCCGAUGAAGGAAAGCAACUUUCGCCUAAUGAACUUAGAAGAAUUAAAAGACAAUCAAUUCACGAUCAAUGUAGAGGUUUAAAAUUUUCAUUGGUAGAUAAUAGUGAAACAGAUUCUGUAUUUUCUGACGAAUUAACACCAGUUAAAAAGCAAACGCAGAAUAACCAAUUGGCAAGUUUGAAAAACGAAAGUUUACCGGACAUGCAAGAAAGCUCGUGUAGUUCCUGUAACACUUUGCGGUUGAAAUUAGAUAAAAUUAACGAAGAAAAAGAUGCUGUUGAUAAUGAAAUAAAGAUGCUUAAAGAAAGAAAUACAUUUUUGGAUGGGGAAAAUGAAGAAAUGUUAAAUAUGUUAAGGGUACAUGAACAGGAGCUGAGCGAAACAUAUCAGAAAUUACAUAAUCUUUCAGAUAUAAAUAUCGAGAAGUCACAGCUUGAACAUAAAAUAAAUGAAAUGCGUCAACAACAAAAUCGGAUUGUUGAAGAGAACCUUGCGAUGAAAUCUGCACUCGCUCGCAGGGACACCGAAAUUAACAGUUUAAGGAAAGAAAGGGAUAUGCUAGAAUCGAAAAAUACCGAACGUGCUUCAUUGGAGUCAACUAUAGAAAAGCUUAAUGAAGCGUUGGAGGAAAAAGAAAACUUGUACAAGAACUUAAAAGCUCAGUUUGAUCGAAAAGCUAAUAAAGCUAUGGAUGAGACCGGGACGAAGCUGGAUCAUAUACUUAAAGAACGAAGUGUCACGCAUUUUUCUGAUGAGGGAAACCUGUAUGAUUCUGCGGAAAUAAGGAAAAUUAAGCGACAAUAUGUUCACGACGAAAGAAGGGGUUUACAGUUUUCUUCAAAAGAUACACCGAAUUUCCAUAGAACAGAUUUAAAGACACAAAAUGUAGAUUCAUUCCACGACCAGAGUAUAGCUGAUAAAAAUAAAGAAUUAGAAAGUAAAUUAUCCAAUGGGGAAAAAUUAAUAAUGGAGUACAAAGAAAAAAUAGCAGAUUUGGAGAGCGACAUUUUGUUAAUACAACAUAAACAUGACGAAACAGUGAGGAAAUUAAAACAAAAAAUCUCUGAUUUACAAAAUAUGUCUCGAAAACCCGUUUACAAGAUGGUGGAUAAAGAAACUCAAGCUACUUGCGAUAUGCACAAAAAAUACCAAUCAGUAAAAAAAAUUGCGAUUUGGAGGAAAAAAGAAGGAGACUACCUUAGGACUCAGUUAAAUCUUCCUCUUAAUUGUCCAGUUCUGCCAGAUGAUGUUGAAAAUGCCACUAAAGAACCUGAAAGUUGAUUGAGGAUGAAAGUCGAUACAGAAUGAUAUAUUUUUUAUUGCAAAUGUUAUAUGAUGUCACUUAGUGUACCUGUUAAUAUUUUUCGCAUUUAUGUUUUCUUAUAGUGUCAAAGAAACUUUCAUGUUUGUGUUGUGUGUAAAACAAAAUUUUCAAGUCUGUGAUAAUUAGACUUAUUAAUUUGUAAAUAAUAUAGGAUAGGCCCCAUAUUUUUAUACCCUUUUCUCGGUUCAUAUUGUUCAUUUAACUUGUAUAUUGUAUGUAUAAUGUAGAAUAUUUUUGUAUUUGUUAAUUUAUAGAAUAUUAACUUUGUACUUU